AUGUGUACAUCCCUCAUCUUGAAGCCGUUGCUGAUCUUUGGCAUAUCCGCAGCUGUCGCGCUCACAGCCGUCUCCCUAUUUACACCGGGAUGGUCGACAUACAAGGAUGACACUAAUAAGACCGUCCAUGUUGGCAUUAUUACUUACAAUUGUGGCAAAAAUAACGCGACCUCGUUGACGACGGCAUGCAAAAAUUACAUAGAUGUAAGUUAGAUGCCUUAUAUUAGAGCCCUCAGUAGUGCUCCGUAUGUUGAAGAAAAGGAGCACAACCCAGCUUUCCAAUGCAAACGCUCUUUCCCUUAACGUUUUCCCAGGAUAUUAAACCUUUCAGAGCCGCCCGAAAUGGGAGAAGGCGGUAAUCGCGUUGAUGUUCAUUGCCCUGAUCAUCGAACUUGUAAUUCUCAUCUGGAGCGUGUUCAGUUGUUUGGCCUUUUGUCUUCCCAGUUGCUUCCCAUUGAUCACAAUUCUAGCUGGACUGGCUACUGCAUGUUUGGUGGCAGCAAUAGCAGUCUAUGGUUCAAAGAACAAGAAUUCAACUACCGCUCUGUGUAAGUGCAAGUGUAAUUUGACCAUGAAUCUCCCCGUUUAAAAUUCUUUCAGCAGACCUAAAUUUGACGACAAAUGUAACGAAAGAUUGGGAUCAACUGCUAAAUCUGAGUUACAGUUUUUGGUUGGCAGUAGCGGCAGCGGUUGUAAUGGCCGUUUCUACACUCCUCGCUGCAGUGACAUCCCUAAUCUCGGUUGUAGUUCCAUUUUAA